AUGUCGAUCUACCAAACACCUUUUAUCUGCCUGUCUUUCUCUGUUCACUAUCUAUCUAUCUAUCUAUCUAUCUAUCUAUCUAUCUAUCUAUCUAUCUAUCUAUCUGUCUGUCUUUCUCUGUUCACAUCUAUCUAUCUCUGUUCAUGUCGAUCUAUCUAUGUAUCUAUCUAUCUAUCUAUCUAUCUAUCUAUCUUUCUCUGUUCACAUCUAUCUAUCUCUGUUCAUGUCGAUCUAUCUAUGUAUCUAUCUAUCUAUCUAUCUAUCUUUCUCUGUUCACAUCUAUCUAUCUCUGUUCAUGUCGAUCUAUCUAUGUAUCUAUGUAUCUAUCUAUCUAUCUAUCUAUCUAUCUAUCUAUCUAUCUAUCUAUCUAUCUAUCUAUCUCUGUUCACAUCUAUCUAUCUCUGUUCAUGUCGAUCUAUCUAUCUAUCUAUCUAUCUGUCUUUCUCUUUUUCUGUCCACAUCUAUCUAUCUAUCUAUCUAUCUAUCUAUCUAUCUCAGUACAUAUCUGUUCAUUAUCUAGCUAUAAUACCUUGCCUGUUAUCAUAUUCCUCACUCUCAUUCUCUUCCUCUCUUUCCCACCCCUCUCUCUCUCUCUCUCCCUGUCUGUAUUUCUAUAUGUGUGUGUCUGUGUCUACGUGUGUAAGUAGGUAG